AUGCCAGGGACCAUGGCCAGCGGCAUAUUGAAUAUAAAGUCGUCUCACUCUAUUUCACUGGAUUCUAUUACCAUUGGAUUUCAAGAAUGCUUUUAUUACAAAACAGGAGUGUUUGACUGGGACGAAGACAAAAUAAUGUUACUUCAACAACCUAUUCUGAGAGGAGGUUCCGAAUCGAUCAAGUGUCUCAGUGGCGAUAACCUAUUUCCUUUCUCACUACACAUUCCCGCCUACUCUUCCUCUUCCUCUUCUGUCAGAGGAAGAGACUUUAAGUUUUCAUUCGAGAUCGUCGUAAGCUGUAGGGUCUCUCUUUGUAAAUUUCCAUUUAAAACAACUAUCGAGGUUGAUUAUGAUCCGGCGGUUGCAACACACCCAUCAUUUUAUCCAGAAGUAGCAAAUUCCGAACCCUGGGUGCCAAUAAAAAGUGAUGAAGAGAGAUAUGGGCGUGACCCUCAAGGUACUAGAGACAGCCCUGGUGUUGCGAGCAACGGCGGAAACAAUGAAAACAGUGGUUCCAGCUCAAAUACAAGUAGAAAUGAAUAUCCAAGCUCGAACGUAAAUAUGAACGCACCUAUUGGGAAUACUAGUGAGCAUUCACCACUGCGUAAUUUGGACACUAUUUCACCGGAAGAUCCUUCAAAUAUUCAAGCAGGCGAAGUUGAAAUGCAAAUUAUAAACGCACCUACCGGGAAUACUACGGAGCCUUCACCACUGCCCAAUGUUAGCACUAUUUCUCCAGAAGAUCCUCUAACCAGUUCAGCAGAGGAUGUUGAAAUACAAAAUAUAAACGCGCCUAUCGAGAAUACUAGGGAGCCUUCCCCAUUGCGCAAUUUUAGCUCUGUUUCACCAGAAGGUCUUUUAGCUAGUCUAGCAGAGUAUACUGAAAUUCAAAGUAUAAACGAACCUAUCGAGAAUACUAGGGAGCAUUCACCACUGCGCAAUGUGGACACUAUUUCACCAGAAGAUCCUCUAAUCAGUCCAGCCGAGGAUUCUGAAAUGCAAAGUAUAAACGCACCUAUUGGGAAUGCUAGGGAGCAUUCACUACUGCGCAAUUUUAGCUCUGUUUCUCCAGAAGAUCUUCUAGCUAGUAUAGCGGAGAAUUCUGAAAUGCAAAUUAUAAAUACGUUUAUCGAGAAUAUUGGGGAGCAUUCACCACCGCGCAAUGUUAGCACUAUUUCACCAGAAGAUCCUCUAACCAGUUCAGCAGAGGAUGUUGAAGUGCAAAUUAUAAGUACGUUUAUCGAGAAUAUUGGGGAGCAUUCACCACCGCGCAAUGUUAGCACUAUUUCACCAGAAGAUCCUCUAACCAGUUCAGCAGAGGAUGUUGAAGUGCAAAUUAUAAGUACGUUUAUCGAGAAUAUUGGGGAGCAUUCACCACCGCGCAAUGUUAGCACUAUUUCACCAGAAGAUCCUCUAACCAGUUCAGCAGAGGAUGUUGAAGUGCAAAUUAUAAACGCGCCUAUCGAGAAUACUAGGGAACCUUCACCAUUGCUCAAUGUUAGCGCUAUUUCACCAGAAGGUAUUCUAGUUAGUCUAGCAGAGUAUACUGAUACAAACACACCUAUCAGGAAUAGCGGAGAGUCUUCACCACUACACAACAGUAGCCCUCAUUUAUCAGAUAUUCCGCUAACCAGUCAAGCAGAGGGAAUUGAGUUCAAAAAUAAAAGUAGGGUAUCUCUCGGAAACACUUUUCUCAGAGUGAUUUCGUUGCUUCGUAAUAUAUUACCUGUUUAUCCACGACCAUCUCGUAACAAUCAAGCUUCAGAAAGAAAUCAUUCUUAUGAGCCACAAAUCCCAUCAUCAUCAUCACCACAACCACCACCACCGCCACCACCACAUCCAUCAGAUACAGAUAGAGCAAAUGAAAACUCCGGGAGAUUUCCUCGUACAUAUCCAAUGGUACAGAUGGCCCGAUACUUUGGAUCAGAUAUGCCACCUUCAUUCGAGGAGAGUCGCCAGAUCGCAACCUAUGAAAAGAUCGUCGACAGAGGCACGGCAGUUGUUUCGCUCAAGAGAACGUACUACAAUAUAUAUGAUCCAAGGCGUAUUCUGGUCACAGUCACAUUUCAUUCUGCUUUCUACGAAAAUGUUUGGCUAAAUGGUCCACCAAAGGUACAUGCGGUCUUGAGACGACUUGUGAAAGUGACUCACCAUGUGCACAACCGCACAACGUGCAAGAAAGUAUCCGAGAAUUCGGAUUACAUGAGUCCUACACAAGUAUUCAAGAUUGUCGGCGAAGAAGCGUAUACCCUUGAAGCCGAAGACCCGGCGCUUUAUGCCAGAUUAUGUUUGUCGGUGCCAGUAAAAGAAAGAUUUGUGAUCGGAAUCGAAAGCCCUCUGUGCAAAGUUGAAUAUACUCUGACCGUAUACAUGAAAGAAUUUCUGUGGGAUAUCCGCUCGUCGAACUGGGGAUUCCAUAAGAGUAAACUUGUAGAAGUCCCGAUUUUCUUCAGUACUCUCAAAGAUGGGGAGAUAUGCCAUCCAUCGUCUUUACUUAGCCACUCACCACCUUUGGUCCCAGGAGUUAGGGUGCUGAAUAUAAGGGAUCAGGGAGCCGAGCUUAUUUCAGAUACAGAAACUGUACCUAGCUAUGCAUCCGAGUAG